AUGUUGCGAAGCCGACCUUCUGCUAGCGUCCCGGCACAACUUCUUCCCCGUUCUGGUGAAGAGAAGCAGGCCAGUACCAUUCGUUGCUCUAAUUCCUUCCCUUCCCCCCUUUCUGGCCCAGAAGCACAGCAUGUCGGCUACCCGGCUACUCCCAUCGAAGCAUCCUUUGUCUGCGCCCAGUAUUAUUGCGUAACCCCAAUUUCUGUCUCCUUCGUCUAUGUGAAUUGUAUGUGUGUCUAA